GACCGAAGCUUAAGACUAGCGUUUUGAUAUCCAUACCCAACCCGCCUAACCCCAAAGCAAUCUAGCCUAUUCUCUCGCCGCCGUACCCCACAAUAAUUUCUCAGCCUUCCGCUCAAUAAUAAUCCAUCUCUCUUUGUAAGAAAAUCUUCCCGCGACACCUUGCACCGCAACCACAUUCCAGCACUCCCACUUGCACAACCAUCCUACCGCCAACAACAACCCCUUCAACAUGUCAGACGAUUACCAAGUACCCACCUCGGUCCCAGCGACAAACCCCACACAAGCCCCCAAUCCAUAUGGCGCAUCCGGAGUUUUGGGCGAUGGACCUGCGAUCAAGUAUUUGUGCGGCGAUUGCAAUGCGAGUGUGAUGUUGAAGAGAGGCGAUCCCAUUAGAUGCAAAGAGUGCGGCCAUCGUGUUCUGUACAAGGAGAGAACUUCCAGAAUGGUUCAAUUCGAGGCAAGAUGAUUGGGGAUAGUGUGCGGAAUGGAUGGCUAAAUUGGGAGCGAACAAGGUUAUGUGACGGAACAUGUGAGGAUGGAGAGACAUGGAAGAAGAUUGGAAAACGAAGAAACUUGGGAGGGGACUGGGAAAUGGUUGAUACAAUUUUGAUGGAGUGGUAAUGGUCAAGGUACGAGACAUAUCUCGAGGCGCAUGGGUAUAAAAAGAUUGUCACUACUCGAUGGCCGGCGUAUGUUCGAUAGAGGACUAGGACAACCAUAUUGUGUACAUUGAAUUACAUUUUUUUCUGCCCA